GCCUAUUUCUUCGCCCAUCCUUAAGCUAUUCUUUAGCUCGUGCAGAUAAUCCUGUCCUGACUCUCAGAUUAUCCUUACGAUCCUGAAAGACGACAUAUCGUUCCCUUCGGAUCUCGUUCCUUUCUUACAAGGAGAUUCCUUCUUUCGUAACAUAAGGCGACAAUUCAAUUUUCCUCUCCACGCCUUACAAUCCUUUCUCUCAGUGAAAUUAUCGCAUGUAAACCCAUCAUAUACUAUCGCUCAAAGAAAUGCACCAAACUUAGCAAUAACGUACAUAUUACAGUACAGCUAAUUCUAAUUUAGCAUUAUGGCAGAAAUUAGGCCAAAUGGGAAUGAUUAUACAUCUAAUAAUCUACCUUAUGCUAUCCAUCCUAUCACGCCACCGAAUCUCUCAGAAAUCGCUGAUGUUCUGCAAAAUGGAAUGCAACCCCUGUUUCACGAUGUGAGAGUCGACAUAGCUAGCUGCCCUGAUUUAACUACAGCACCAUAUAAUCUUGCCGGAGUAGGAUUAGGUGGCAACACGUCGCUAGUAGAAUUCCUUCGUCGCGAAGUAUAUACACCGUGGCAGCAUAUAACACGGGAUAUUCGAAAAGUAUUCACAGGCAGCAUCCAUGAUUUCUUUAUCAUCGGAUCUACUUUCGCUACAAAACCAACCAUGCCUUAUUACGGACAUCUCAUUAUGAAUGCAAUGUACACAGCACCUAUGGGUAUUAGGAACGAGAGUCGUCUUAUUUUCAAAGAAUCGCGUAAUGGACAGACAAGAAUAGAAAAGUUAACUGAUCCUAACCAAAUGAUGUACACAUACAAGGGCAACUUCUUUAUCAGCGAGGGUAGGGAAGGCCCUGUUAUCAGAGUGCGUGCCAAAGGUCGAAAAAAGAGUGAUACAGACAUCAUAACUUCAAUGCAAACGGUCCUUUACGAAAAUUAUAGAAAAAAGAAGAACAAACUUGUUGCUUUAGGUGGUGUUCUAAAAAUGACAAACGGACGUGUGGGGUGUAACCUUAUAUGGGAUGAAUAUCGGGACCGGAUAUUACCAUUUCCCGAUUUUGUUAAAGCACAGCAAUGUACCGAGAUAUGUCUAGAGUCAGAUAUGGUAGCCGUUGGCACAAUAAUUAACCAUCAACCACUACAAUUUAAUCAGGAACAACGUUACGGUGUUAAUCUGUAUGAUAGAAGCGAGUUCCAUUGUUUCAAUAAUUAUGGAGCAGGCGGACAAUUUAUUACCGAUACUACUCCGGAUACGACGGAAUAUGAAGGUUACUUCAAUGUAGCGGAAAAUAUACAUUUACAAGUAUUAUAACUAAAUGCCAUUUUAAUCAUAAACUAGGCCAUUAUGUUCUCUCAUAUGUAAACAGAAAUUUAUAUAUAAUGUUACCUAGCACACUAAUGUGACG